UCAUGACCCAAGCAGUAGGAACUUACCAACUGCCGAGUCUGAAGUUUGCAUUCCCAUAUCUUGUCCGGCUCAAGAAUGAGACCUGCACGUAAUCACCUCUCCACCGCGCCCCCCGGGUACAUGAGCCUUAAUUCGCAGCGCAGAAGAGCGGACCAAGACAUCGCCAUCCAUCGUCCUGGUAGGUAUCUAUGGUGUGUUGCACAGUAACUGUACGCAUAUCUUGCAUGAAGCUUAUUGCCGCCAUUUUCUCGUCACGUAUUGACCUUCGUGGGGAGGCUGUAUACGCAGUAGGAUGACUUCCUGGCAAGCGGGCGGCGAGGAAUAACAUGUGAACAUAGCCUUCCUGGCUAUGACUGGGAGCAAGUGCUAAAGACCGACACAAGCAAGCAUGUUUGAUUGGAGUGAGUGACUAGCCCCUGAAAGGCUCCUGGGGAUAUCUCACUUCUCAAGUUCAGCAGGAGCGGAGUAGAUCAAGCUCAUGACCCCGCCAUAUCUAAUCGCCAGGCUUAUCGUCUAAUCAUUGAUUCAUCAACGCCCAGGUGUCUUUAGAAUAAUUGGCUUGGCGAUGGUGGACAAUGCGGCUAAUGCAGUCCCGUAACUCGUUCUCUUGAUUGGCGAGCCCGUGACGCCAAAACGCGACUUUCAGUGGAAGCGUGGUGCUUGGCUUCUAUGGAAAAGGCGUCAGCAGCUCUCAAGACAAGGCGUUGGCAGCUUUUCCUGUUUCCCAGACAUCUUGUAAGCCGGUGGCCGGAUUUCCCUUUCUUCCAAUUCCAAUUGACAAGUAGGAAAGCAAGCCCGCGCUUUAUUAUCCACAACAAUGGCCGUUUGAACUGCUUUGACUAGCGUUUGUCUAAAGUGCAGCCGUCUUGUCAGUGACAAAUGUGCAGGACUGGAAGCUGCAUCAGAAAUCCAUGUCGCCUUGAGUCGCACGAGCUUCCGGCCGCAGACACCGACCGUGCCUUCGCUUCCGCCAAUCCACCAACAUUCAUCUUGGACCAGCCGGCGAUCUCACGAUUCCCCUUCCACCUCUACUGCAAAUUUCGAAUUGGUUCAUCUCUCCCUUCGUCCCAGACCACGAUCCACACGAUCCACGAUCCACACCUGCCCGUCCUCUACCAUCAUCUUUCCAGCUCUACCGAGAAGUCGUGCACACCAGCAGAAAGUCACAGCUGCGGAUUGGACGCCAGCAAACGCCCAUCCAUCCAAUCCAGCUACAGCAUAACUGCAGAGCUCUGUCGACCACAAAAAUGAAGGCCCAACCACUCAUCAUCAACUGGCAUGUUGAUGUCAACCCAUAUCCUAUAUACUCUGCACAUUUCCAGCCCAAUGGUGGUGGUCGACUGGCUACUGGUGCUGGAGACAACAAGGUCCGAGUAGGUUAUCCCAUACCUGCUUGCUCUUCAAGGGUCUAAGUGCUGACUUUGCACAUGGGUAGCUCUGGAAGAUCGAAGAUGAUGGCGAAGACCGCAAGGUGGAAUAUCUAGCCACUCUUUCAACACAUACACAAGCCGUGAAUGUGGUACGGUGGGCUCCGAAAGGCGACAUCCUCGCAUCUGCUGGUGACGAUGGUAAUGUGAUCCUAUGGGUCCCUUCCGACUCCCGAUCCGCUGGCUUUGGAGAGGAGGCGGACCCCGAAGCCAAAGAGUUUUGGCGGAGAAAACACAUGUGCAGGUCUUCUGGGACGGAGAUUUUCGAUUUGGCUUGGGCACCGGAUGCAUCCUACUUCAUUAUCGGCAGUAUGGAUAACGUUGCCCGAAUCUACAACGCUGCAACAGGCACGCUGGUUCGACAAAUUGCCGAACAUAGCCACUAUGUCCAGGGUGUUGCAUGGGACCCGUUGAACGAGUAUAUCGCCACGCAAUCCUCGGAUCGUGCCGUGCAUAUUUACUCGCUGAAGACCAAGGACGGGCAGUAUACUCUAGGCUGCAACGAUAAAGAGCCAUCAAAAAUUGCAAGCCACGUCAAAGCUGAUCUUCCGGCGCGGCGGAUCUCUUCCCACAGUCCCGCCCCUCCUGAAUUGGGGUAUCGGUCAGUUCUUGACAAUGUGCCAGGAGUGGCGAUUGGCUCUCCUGUUCCAUCCGCUCCAGGGACCCCCACCUCAAUGGCUCUCCCGAUGAACCCCCCAAGUGUUGUUAGUCACAGCCGGAGGUCAUCGUUCUCUUCGAGACGCUCGGUCUCACCAGCGCCGUCGAUGCCGUUGCCGGCAGUGAUGCCGAUAGAGGCUUCGCCAAAGCCGCACAUGCAUGGUGCAAGCUUAGGGAUGAAGAACGCGAGUCUCUACGCAAACGAGACUCUGACUUCCUUCUUCAGGCGACUUACUUUUACUCCCGACGGAAGUCUUCUUCUCACCCCUGCUGGGCAAUAUCAGACCCAGCACCAAGUUGAGGGCCAGAAACCCACGUUCGAGGUGACAAAUACCGUGUACAUUUACACCAGAGGAGGCAUCAACAAACCUCCCAUUGCACAUCUACCAGGGCACAAAAAGCCAUCUGUCGCAGUCAGAUGUUCACCAGUCGUGUAUACGCUGAGGCAGUCACCUCCUGUUACCAAGCAUAUUACUAUCGACACAUCUUCUUCUGAAGAUGCCAUCCCGCCGUUGCCCGAGGCUGUCACGAAACCUUCCCCAGCACCCUCACAGAUGGAGCCGCCUCCGCCGCCGUCAUUGGUUGAAACAGUCACGUCCAACUCCAGGGUGCUGAGUUUGGAGACAGGCGUGCAAACACCAGGACCCAAGCCUGCCUUUGCAUUGCCGUAUCGAAUGAUAUAUGCGGUGGCUACCCAGGAUUCGGUGCUGUUGUACGAUACUCAACAACACACCCCGAUCUGUAUCGUGAGCAACCUUCAUUGCGCCACAUUUACUGAUUUGACUUGGUCAAGUGAUGGUUUGACGCUGCUGAUCUCGUCUUCGGAUGGAUUCUGCUCUACAUUGUCGUUCCUGCCGGGUGAGCUUGGUACUGUGUACACGGGCGAACUCGGUCCUCCAAAACCCCAAGGCACUGCUGUCUCGAACCAAAAUACGCCUGUACCAACCCCCACUUCGGUGCUGGCACCUCCUUCCCCUUUUCCAAACGGCUCCCAGCAUCGCCAUCGCGACUCUUCCAGCUCGUUUACAGCCCCAUCUCCACCACCAGCCGCAUCUUUUGUCAACCCAAGGCCGGGGUCACCAGCAAGGUCCAACUCGGCGUCUUCAGUGAUUACUCAGACGUCUGGUGCUCAGACUGGGGUGUUGAACAACCCGCCGCUAAUAGCUGGUCAGGUUCCCAGCCUGACAGCGGUGAACUCUGGCAAGGUGACGGGAGUUCCCAUCACCACUCCCCCAGAAACACCCCGAAGCUCGUUUGUCCCGCCGCCGACAGGCACCAAGCGGGAUACCAAUGAAGCGGAGACAGAUGACUCGUUGGGCAACCAGAAUAAGCGAAGGCGUAUUGCGCCUACACUGGUGGGCUCAUCGACAGAGUCAAACAACGGUGCUGGCAGCGAAGGAUCGAGGGCUUAG